AUAAACCAUAUCAAAAAAGGUGGCUGCUGCUUCUGCAUCGAGUGGCUCCAAAAAUUGUUUUAAGAAACUGAAAUAAUUCAAGAAUCAUUUUAAAAUCUAACAUCAAACCAGACCGAAUUUAGAAGAAAAAUGUCUCGACGUGACUACGCUCAAGAUAGAGAAUCCAUCAAAACAUUUCUCGGUGAAUUUUGUAAAACCGACGACGAUGGCAAGAAAACAUUUGUCUACGCCAAUCAAUUAGUUAAAAUUGCUCACAGAGAACAAGUUCUAAUUACAAUUGAUUUGGAUCACUUGCAAGAAUUCAAUGAAGGCUUGGUUGAAGCUGUGAUUGAGAACAGUCGACGCUAUGCAUCCAUAUUUUCCGAUGUAAUAAUGGAAAUUCUUCCCAACUACAAAGAGAGGGAAGUCCAUGCCAAAGAUGCCCUCGACGUUUACAUUGAACAUCGUUUGUUGAUGGAAUCUCGAACAAGGAAUCAAAUGGAAAUGCGUGACGAAAGGAAUCGUUUCCCUCCUGAACUCAUGAAGAGAUUCGAAGUAGGUUUUAAACCUCUAUCCACCGAGAAGACCUCCUCAAUCCGUGAAAUCAAAGCCGAACAGAUUGGUAAACUAGUGACUGUUCGAGGAAUUGUCACCAGAUGCACUGAAGUGAAGCCCAUGAUGGUUGUGGCCACAUACACUUGCGAUCGUUGCGGAUCGGAAACAUAUCAGCCUGUGAACUCGUUAACUUUUAUGCCAGUUCAAGAGUGUCCCUCAGAUGAUUGCAGAGUCAAUAAGGCUGGAGGUCGACUGUACUUACAAACUCGUGGUUCAAAGUUCGUCAAAUUCCAAGAGCUCAAGAUUCAAGAGCACAGCGAUCAGGUACCAGUGGGUCACAUUCCUCGCACCUUGACUAUCAUGUGCCGUGGUGAAGUGACAAGACAAGCUCAACCUGGCGACCAUGUAUGCAUUUCAGGGACAUUCCUGCCUCUGAUGCGCUCCGGAUUCAGGCAACUUGUAUCUGGUCUCCUGUCUGAGACAUUUUUGGAUGCCUACCGCAUAAUUUGUAUCAACAAAAACACUGAUGUCACAGAGCAGGACGCAGAGCUCUCAGCUGAGGAGUUGGCUGAAUUGGCUCAAGACGAUUUCUACGAACGACUAGCCACUAGCUUGGCUCCUGAAAUCUACGGACAUUUGGAUGUAAAGAAAGCUCUCUUGCUUCUUCUCGUAGGAGGAGUUGAUAAACGCCCAGAUGGUAUGAAGAUUCGUGGUAACAUCAAUAUCUGUCUGAUGGGAGAUCCUGGUGUGGCCAAGUCUCAAUUGUUGGGCUACAUCAGUCGUCUGGCUAUUCGCAGUCAAUAUACCACCGGUCGGGGUUCCUCUGGUGUUGGUCUUACCGCCGCUGUUAUGAAGGAUCCUCUUACCGGCGAAAUGACACUGGAAGGUGGCGCUCUCGUCCUGGCCGAUCAAGGUGUCUGCUGCAUUGACGAGUUCGACAAAAUGGCCGACAAUGAUCGAACAGCCAUUCACGAGGUUAUGGAACAACAGACCAUUUCAAUUGCAAAGGCGGGAAUCAUGACCACCCUCAAUGCCAGAGUUUCCAUCCUUGCAGCUGCCAAUCCUGCCUUUGGUCGAUACAAUCCACGUCGAACCGUUGAACAGAACAUCCAACUGCCAGCAGCUUUACUAUCUCGUUUUGAUUUGCUUUGGCUGAUCCAAGACAAACCCGAUCGUGAGAAUGAUCUUCGUUUGGCAAAGCACAUCACAUUUGUACACAGCCAUGGAAAACAACCACCGAGUAAAGUUAAGUCCUUGGACAUGAAUCUAAUGAGACGCUACAUCAAUUUGUGCAAACGGAUGAACCCUACCAUCCCCGACGAAUUGACUGAAUACAUUGUGGGAGCCUAUGUUGAGCUGCGUCGGGAAGCUAGGAAUCGCAAGGAUAUGACAUUCACUUCGGCCCGUAACUUGUUGGGAAUUUUGCGAUUAUCAACUGCUUUGGCUCGUCUUCGUUUAGCCGACAGUGUGGAAAAGGAUGAUGUCGCAGAAGCUCUACGUCUUCUCGAAAUGUCAAAGGAUUCUCUCAAUCAAAUUCAUGAACAUCAAAAGGGACACCUUCCAAACACUUCGGACAAAAUCUUUUACAUUGUCCGUGAAUUGGCUGGUUCGAGCAAGACUGUCAGGAUCUCCGACGUUAUGGACCGUUGCACCACCAAAGGAUUCAAGCCCGAUCAAGUGGACAAAUGUAUUGAAGACUAUGAAGAACUCAACGUCUGGCAAGUUAAUAUGGGACGAACUAAACUUACAUUUAUGUAGAACUAAAUCUUACUGUUUUCGUCCUAGUUUUUUUUAUGUUUUUACAUUUUUCUUAAAAGUUUAAUAUUGUCAUGAAAAUAAGUUUAAUUUGUUUUUUUAAUAAAAAUAAAAGUUGUAGUACAAAAUUGAA